CGACUAAAGGAUGGCUGCUAUGGAUCUAGAACGACAGAAGCGUAAAGAAGAAAUUCAGAAAGCUUUGGGAUUCAUUCAGUCAUCUCUGCCUUUCCCUGAACCUGAGGGGUAUGAGGCAUUCCUGACUCAGCUAGUAUGUAAUUUGCUGGAUGAAGGUAACGCAGUGUAUCGUGAUGGAGAGUGGAGACAGGCAGCAGUCCAUUACAGUGAGGGUGUGAAUGUAGCUCGCUAUGCUCAGUCUGAAGCACUGGUCAUUCCCCCUGAGCUGUUAGAGAGCCUUUAUGUGAACCGGGCAGCUGCACAUUAUAGUCUGGGGGAGUAUGAGCGGGGCGUGCAGGACUGUGAUAGCGCACUGUGUGUGUCGGAGGGCAGUCGCAGGGCACUCUACAGGAAGGCACUUUGUCUGAGGGAGCUGGGCAGAUUCAGAGAAGCUUAUGAGUGUGGCACCGGAUGCCUAUUAACUGCCCCUCACGACCGGCAAGUCAGUGAGCUUGCUCAGGAUCUAGCUAACAAACUUGGUUUGAAAAUCCGCAAAGCAUACGUCAGCCCUCAGCUCGAUUCUACAACAUCUGCGACCGACAGCAAUGGAGAAACUAAUUCUCCUACAGGGGAGACCUCCUCAAAUGGUCUUGAGUCUUUGACUGAUAUUGGAUCAGAUUUAACAAGUGCCCAGUGCAUCCCUGCUCCUCUGGCUACACCAAUCCCAGUAAGUGAUGACCCACAGAUGCCCUCACUGAGCCCAGUUGUGCCCCAAGAUAUGCCAGAAAGCCCAAGCCAGGAGCCAUCGGGGCGGGUGCCGUACUCUGUGCCUGUAUCUGAACACAUGGGUGAAUGUGUGAUGAAUGAGGACACCUCAUGUCUGGACACCUUGCUGGAAAGUAUUCCCAAAGGAGCUGAGAUCUGUGUGAACCCAGUUCAAGGGGCCAUUCCUACUAACCUACCAAACACUGCUGUGGGUUUGAGGCCUCCGUACUCUCCAGGUCUCCCAGCAUCCUCCGCUCAGCUCACGACUCAAUAUUUCAACUCUGCUGUCAGUCCGCUCCCCCCACUGGAGUCCUCCUCAGUUCUAGGUCAAAGCGAAGCCUCAUCUCAGACGAUGGACUCCCUUGGCUCCUUUAGCUCUGGAGCUAGAGACACUGCUGGGAAGGGGGGGUCUGGAUAUUUAACAAGUGCCCAGUGCAUCCCUGCUCCUCUGGCUACACCAAUCCCAGUAAGUGAUGACCCACAGAUGCCCUCACUGAGCCCAGUUGUGCCCCAAGAUAUGCCAGAAAGCCCAAGCCAGGAGCCAUCGGGGCGGGUGCCGUACUCUGUGCCUGUAUCUGAACACAUGGGUGAAUGUGUGAUGAAUGAGGACACCUCAUGUCUGGACACCUUGCUGGAAAGUAUUCCCAAAGGAGCUGAGAUCUGUGUGCAGAAUGGACCAGUUGGUACCAAUCUUUCUCUGCUGUCACGAAACCCUCUGGCUGCCACACAUGAGUUCAGACAGGCGUGCAAUGCUUGCUACAGUCGCAUAGGGCCACGGGUCAUGGACUAUUAUUAUCAACCUGAUGCCGCGCAUCGCUGUAAGAGAGAUGUGCUGCUCUGCCGCCUCAAAUCCUCAGAUGACCCCACCUGGAAGAGGGUGCGACCCCGUCCUGCUCGUAAUAACUUUCUUGGGGCAUUUGUUCUUUGCAAAGGUAUUCCCACUAACCUACCAAACACUGCUGUGGGUUUGAGGCCUCCGUACUCUCCAGGUCUCCCAGCAUCCUCCGCUCAGCUCACGACUCAAUAUUUCAACUCUGCUGUCAGUCCGCUCCCCCCACUGGAGUCCUCCUCAGUUCUAGGUCAAAGCGAAGCCUCUUCCCAGACGAUGGACUCCCUCGGCUCCUUUAGCUCUGGAGCUGGAGACGCUGCUGGGAAAGGGGGGUCUGGAUCACUAAUCACAGGAGGACUGGAUUCCCUUUCCGAGUACACACUUCCUGGAGGACGAAUGUCUCACAGUUUCAUCCCCAGUUUGCGGAAUCAUAAUGCCUCCAAUGCACAGAAUGGACCAGUUGGUACCAAUCUUUCUCUGCUGUCACGAAACCCUCUGGCUGCCACACAUGAGUUCAGACAGGCGUGCAAUGCUUGCUACAGUCGCAUAGGGUCACGGGUGAUGGACUACCAUUAUCAACCUGAUGCAGCGCAUCGCUGUAAGAGAGAUGUGCUGCUCUGUCGCCUGAAAUCCUCAGAUGACCCCACCUGGAAGAGGGUGCGGCCCCGUCCUGCUCGUAAUAACUUCCUUGGGGCCUUUGUUCUCUGCAAAGAGGUACAAGAGCGUCAGGAGUGUCAGUAUGGUGAAAACUGCACUUUUGCCUAUUGCCAAGAGGAGAUAGAUGUUUGGACACAAGAGAGGAAGGGAGCUCUAAGUCGUGAGCUUCUGUUUGACCCUCUGGGUACCAACGAACGACGGGCCCUCAGUGUCACCCGUCUCCUUCAGCUCCAUAUGGGCAUGUUUAUGUUCCUCUGUGAGGAAUGUUUUGACAGUAAGCCUCGUAUCAUUAGCAAGAGAAGCAAGGAGAAUCUCGCUGUGUGUUCCAACCUCACUGCACGACAUCCCUUUGAUGAUAACAAGUGCCUGGUGCACGUGGUUCGCUCAGCAAACGUGCGCUACAGUAAAGUGCGCUCUCUUCACCCACUCUGCCAGUUUGACGUGUGCCGCCAUGAGGUGCGAUAUGGCUGCCAGCGAGAGGACAGUUGCUCCUUUGCACAUUCAGUCAUAGAACUCAAGUGUUGGGUGCUUCAGCAGGACACAGGUAUUACCCAUGAGGAGAUGGUGCAAGAGUCUAAGAGACACUGGCACAGAUUGGAACAGAAUGCACAGAGACAGAAGCCCAUGCUCGGGCCCCACCAGCCCAGCGGGAGCAGCAGUAACAGCAGUGCUGUGGUCUCCGGAGGAGUUGUCAGUGGAGGAGGAGACGGCGGCUUCGGGGGCGGAAGCACAGGUGGAGGAGGACUUGUAGGAUGCGGUCGAGGGCGCGGCUUGAAUCUGAAGAUGAAGUUUGUGUGUGGACAGUGUUGGAGGGAGGGCCAGGUCAAUGAGCCAGACAAGUCUCUGAAGUACUGCACUGCCAAAGCCAGGCACAGCUGGACAAAAGAGCGCAGAGUGUUGCUAGUGAAAUCAUUUGAGAAGAAAAAGUGGGUGGUAGUGCGACCGCUGCCUUUUUCCCGUACCUACCCCCAACAAUAUGAUAUGUGUGUUCAUGUCAUGAAACAGAAGAAGUGCCACUAUAUUGGGAACUGUUCUUUUGCACACAGUUUGGAGGAGCGGGAUGUGUGGACCUAUAUGAAAAACAACAGCUUUUCCACUUGA